AUGUUCAACACCAUUUGUCAUCUUCCGCAGACCGACUUGAGCGUGCACGAUCAGAUCAAUUGUAUUUGCGAUCACAAUGCAGCCAGAGGCAGUUUCAUCGGAUCAUUCAGUGGGGAUUCCUCGGCUUCUUCACGUUCCCCAUCCAUCACUGGUCUACCGCACCUGAACCGUGUAUCCAACGUGAACAGAACACAGUUUCCUCGGCCUGCUUUGCAGAAAAUCAACCAGGCUGCGAUCGGGGUUCGAACAGCUAGGAGUGAUGCGCAAACUUCACUUGAUGUGGAAAAUUUGGAACUCAUCGGGUGCACACAACAGUCCUAUCCGAACCGGUCCGAUGAAUCCCAGCUUCAAAAUGCUUCACACCUGGUGCACUGCUCGGAUGCUUGCUUUUGUGGACCCGGUCGGAAACGAUAUCUGAUUGCUUUCCUGUGCUGUGCCUGUCUCACAAUUGUGAUAGGGAUGCGUUCGGAAAUGCUCGGGAUUAUUACCAAUUUGAACAAUACAAAUCCCAGUGGAUCAGUUGUAAAUCGAUUAUCCGGUUCCAAUGAACACAUUCAUGGUGCACCAGCCUCCAAACCGGAAGAUGAUCUACUCGAUCCAGCCGGUGUUGAAGGUCACCUACCCGGGGAGGAGAUAGACACAUUGCAUGAUGUAUCGGGGUUGCAACCUGAGAUGAAUCAACCGGCGACUUCACUGAUUUUUAAACCCUCCGAACACCGUCAAAUGCCAUGGACUAAAACAAUCAAAAACGAUAUUGCGGAAAAUGCAGUAUUUUUUGCUUAUCUCAUCACCAGUCCAAUCGGUGGAUAUCUCACUGUGAAUCAUGACUCAUCGUUUCUCCUAGGCUGUUCUGUUGCAAUGACAUGUGGUAUGAAUCUGUUUUUACCUCUAGUAGAAACAAUUGGUAAUAAUGUGCAGGCUAAAUUUAUUAUGGUAGUUCUUCUACGUCUACUUCAAGGUUUAGCCGAAGGUUGUUUGAUUCCAGCUGUGUUUGGAGUACUGCGCUUUUGGAGCCCGGAAACUGAACGCUCCACCCUUGUGUGUGUUGCCGUAAUCGGGGUUUCUUUGGGUCCACUAAUCGGAUUGCCAGUAUGUGCGGAAAUUGAAAAAAAAUGGGGUUGGGGAGUUGUGUUUUAUAUUUACGCUAAUCUCGGAUUAAUUUGGUGCAUAUUUUGGUGGCGUCUAAUCGACGAGAAACCGGCCAAAGAUGAGCGACUUGGAAAACGUGAACGCGCCUAUUUGCACGCAAGUGUGGCACGAAGAAUUCUGUGUGCAAAACGACAAAUCCCCAUACCUUGGCAAUCGAUUUUUCGCUCACGGCCUAUUUUUGCUAUAUUUUUCACCUACGCAGCGGAUGAUUGGACGUUCCAAAUCUCCUCAGUGUGUAUGCAAUCGUUCUAUCAGCAACUCUAUAAAGUGGAUGUGGAACGGACAAUUUUUUUCCUUUCGUUUCCAUUUCUUUCACGAUCUAUGUUUGUACCUAUUGGUGGAAUUUUUGCGGAUUUUCUACGUAUUAAAACCAGUCUUUCACUGACCACAAUAAGAAAAAUUUUUGCCGGACUUGGGUUUGGUCUAAAAGGUAUUUUCUUUGUUGCACUGGGAUUUGCACCCACGGAAAUCUAUGCCACAGUGCUGCUCUCUUUAUCUCUGGGAUUUUCCGGGCUUGCUGUGGCCGGGUACGCUGUCAAUGUCAUCGAUUUGGCUCCAAAUUUUUCCGGAUUGGUUAUGGGAUUUGCAAAUAGUGUCAGUACAUUUACAGGCAUUCUUUCUACUUUGACCGCCUCUAUAGUUGUACACAAAUUUGGCUUGGAGUUAAAGAAUGGAUGGCGAGUAGCCCUCGCUUUGGCCGCAUUAAGCCAGUUCUGUGCAAUGUUGAUCUAUCUCAUAUUUGGGUCGAGUGAAGAACAAUCCUGGGCGUACACGGAUCGCGAAAGUGAGGAGGAAACGACUCCAAUCCAUGGGGAGACAAAAUUGUGUGAUCGACGGUAG